AUGGUGACGGGCCAGCUGGAGCGAACCGACUCGUGCUAUGUCCUGCUGCCGCACCUGUUCGUAACGCGUGCCGAGGCGGCCGCUGCAUGCGAGGUGGUGCAGAGCGGGUCUACGCUGCCCUCCAUCCACAGCCACGCGCAGAACGAGUUUGUGAUGGACACGGCCGUAAACAAGGAGUACGGCGACAUCUGGCUGGGCCUGCAGCGCGUCAACGCCUCGUCCUUCGCGUGGCAGGAUGGCUCUCCGGUGGAAUACGUCGCCUGGUUUGGUGACGAACCGAACGACACAGGCGACUGCGUGUACAUGAGCUUCCUCUGGUCGCAGUGGCGCGACAUCAAUUGCGACACGGCCCACUUCUUCGUGGUGUGCCAGUACAAGCCGCAGUGA